AUGUUGGUCUCCACGAGAUCAGCCUCUCUCAGAGCUGUUGGAUUUUGGCGCUACUGGAUUUCUAUUGUCUAUGCAGAGCGACCGCUGACUGAUAACAGCAGAUCUUUGGCCUCCUAUGGCCUGAAGGACGGCGACGUGGUGAUCCUGCGACAGAAGGAGAACGUGGAGCCGCGGCCGCCGAUCCACUUCCCAGGUCUGCCCCGGAUAGACUUCAGCAGCAUCGCCGUUCCCGGGACGUCGGCGCAGCAGCAGCGGCGGCCGCCGGCGCAGCCCCCACGGCCCUCGCCCCCGGAGGCGCCCGCCUUCCCGCAGGGCCUGGACAACCCCGCUCUGCUGCGGGAGAUGCUGCUGGCCAACCCCCACGAGCUGUCGCUGCUGAAGGAGCGCAACCCGCCUCUCGCCGAGGCGCUCCUCAGCGGAGACCUCGAGAAGUUCACCAGGGUGUUGGUGGAGCAACAGCAGGACCGAGCGCGGCGGGAGCAGGAGAGGAUCCGACUCUAUUCAGCCGACCCUUUCGAUCUUGAGGCGCAGGCCAAGAUAGAAGAAGACAUAAGGCAACAAAAUAUUGAAGAAAAUAUGACGAUAGCAAUGGAGGAAGCUCCCGAGAGUUUUGGCCAGGUGGUGAUGCUCUACAUCAACUGCAAAGUCAACGGGCACCCGGUGAAAGCCUUCGUCGACUCAGGUGCCCAGAUGACCAUCAUGAGCCAAUCUUGUGCUGAAAGGUGCAACAUUAUGAGGCUGGUCGAUCGGCGGUGGGCUGGCAUUGCGAAGGGUGUGGGGACACAGAAGAUCAUUGGCAGGGUGCACUUAGCUCAGGUUCAGAUUGAAGGGGAUUUCCUGGCGUGUUCCUUCUCCAUCCUUGAAGAGCAGCCCAUGGACAUGCUGCUAGGACUGGAUAUGCUGAAGAGGCAUCAGUGCUCCAUUGAUCUCAAGAAGAACGUGCUGGUGAUCGGCACCACGGGCUCGCAGACGGCCUUCCUCCCGGAGGGCGAGCUCCCGGAGUGCGCCCGGCUGGCCUACGGAGCCGGGCGCGACGACCUGCGCCCCGACGAGAUCGCYGACCAGGAGCUGGCCGAAGCGCUGCAGAAGUCUGUAGAGGAAGCAGUUGCUGCUAGAUGGCACCAAGAAAACCAAGUCAAAGAACAGGAAACAAGAACAGAGGCAGAAACAGAGAGUGGAUAUAGUGCAGCGCCAAGCAACUCGGCUCCCCACAAGACCUGUGUUCUUUUAUAA